AUGGGGUCGCGUUCCUCUUGCUGUACGUCUGGCGCCCGUUCUUGUGGCAUCUCGUUCUUGCGGGGACCUGUGUUUGAUACCACGGGCAGUUCUGGAGUAUGUGUUUUCCCAGUGCUUUCCGCUGUGGAAACGGAGUCAAGGUUUACAAAAGAUACUGCCAGGUUCAAGGAUGAAUUAGAUAUUAUGAAGUUCAUUUGCAAAGAUUUUUGGACAACUGUAUUCAAAAAACAAAUAGAUAACCUAAGGACUAAUCAUCAGGGUAUUUAUGUCCUUCAAGACAAUAAAUUUCGUCUCUUGACACAAAUGUCUGCAGGAAAGCAGUAUUUGGAACAUGCACCAAAGUAUUUAGCAUUUACCUGUGGAUUAAUCAGAGGAGGACUAUCAAAUUUGGGAAUAAAGAGUAUUGUAACAGCUGAAGUUUCAUCAAUGCCUGCAUGUAAAUUUCAGGUGAUGAUACAGAAGAUGUAGAGCACAUUCAAAUCUGGGUAUCUACCUUAAAAAUCCUUUGUGUGUGGAUUCAGUAUCUUGGUUCAGCUUUGUAUGUAGCUUGUAAAUUUUAGCAGUGUGCAGCACAAUUCCAAAAUAUAUAAUAAAUGUUCAUCAAAAUAACUUAA